AUGAAGUACGCAUUGGUAAGAAUAUCCUGUCGAAAUUAUUUCCAGGGUUGCUUUGGUUUCACCUUUUAUCUGUGAUAGUAGUAAAUUAGCCAGUCAGCUAACGUUCGCUAACGGUACUUUGAUAAGUUAAACAGAGCAGUAACAAGGCACUGCAACUGUCACUCACUGUCAGAUAAUUUAUCUGCCCUUAACUGGUCAUAUUAUGUCAAAGUAAAUGCACAUAAUUGGAAGAUUUGGCUCUGAGAUUGACCUGAUUUAAAAUAUCACAAACUAGCCUAGUACAGUUAGCUAAGUGACUCAAGUAUAGUAAGCAUUUCGUUGGACAGUGUAUACCAUGUGUAUCCUGUACAUCCGGCUAAUAAAUGUUUUAACUCAUGUUGUAAACUUGUGCAGGCGACUCAUCUUGGCUAGCUGUCAGCCAAGCAACCAACUGUGCUGGUACAUCUGUCACCGUGUUAACAGCCUUCUAAGCAAACAAAUGAAGCUUAUUUCACCUUAGACAAUUGCCAAUACCAUAAUUGACUGAACAAAAAUAUAAGUAAAAUAAAGUGUUGGUUUCAUGAGCUGAAAUAAAAGAUCCCAGAAAUGUUCUAUGCACAAAAAGCUUAUUUCUCCCAAAUGUUGUGCACAAAUGUGUUUACAUCCCUGUUAGUGAGCAUUUCUCCUUUGCCAAGAUGAUCCAUCCACCUGACAGGUGUGGCAUAUCAAAUCAAAAAAAAAAAGAUUUGCCACAUGCGCCGAAUACAACCGGUGUAGUAGACCUUACAGUGAAAUGCUUACUUACAAGCCCUUAACCAACAAUGCAGUUAUUUUUUUAAGUAAAAAAAGUGUUAAGUAAAAUAAAAAUAAAAGCAAAUAACUAAAGAGCAGCAGUAAAAUAAAAUAACAGUAGGGAGGCUAUAUACAGGGGGUACCGGUACAGAGUCAAUAUGCGGGGGCACCGGCUAGUUGAGGUAAUAUGUACAUUAAAGUGAGUUAAAGUGACUAUGCAUAAAUAAUAAACAGAGUAGCAGCAGCGUAAAAGAGGGGGAUGGGGUGGGGUGGGGGGCAGUGCAAAUAGUCCGAGUAGCCAUGAUUAGCUGUUCAGGAGGCUUGGGGAUAGAAGCUGUUGAAAAGGCUUUUGGACCUAGACUUGGCACUCCGGUACCGCUUGCCGUGUGGUAGCAGAGAGAACAGUCUACUAUGACUAGGGUGGCUGGAGUCUUUGACAAUUUCUUAGGGCCUUCCUCUGACACCGCCUGGUUUAGAGGUCCUGGAUGGCAGGAAGCUUGGCCCCAGUGAUGUACUGGGCCGUACGCACUACCCUCUGUAGUGCCUUGCAGUCGGAGGCCGAGCAGUUGCCAUACCAGGUGGUGAUGCAACCAGUCAGGAUGAUGUCGAUGGUGCAGCUGUAUAACUUUUUGAGGAUCUGAGGUCCCACGCCAAAUUUUUUCAGUCUCCUGAGGGGGAAUAGGCUUUGUCGUGCCCUCUUCACGACUGUCUUAGUUUGUUGGUGAUGUGGACACCAAGGAACUUGAAGCUCUCAACCUGUUCCAUUACAGCCCUGUCGAUGAGAAUGGGGGCGUGCUCAGUCCUCUUUUUUUCCCAGUAGUCCACAAUCAUCUCCUUUGUCUUGAUCACGUAGAGGGAGAGGUUGUUAUCCUGGCACCACACGGCCAGGUCUCUGACCUCCUCCCUAUAGGCUGUCUCAUCGUUGUUGGUGAUCAGGCCUACCACUGUUGUGUCAUUGGCAAACUUAAUGAAGGUGUUGGAGUCGUGCCUGGCCAUGCAGUCAUGGGUGAACAGGGAGUACAGGAGGGGACUGAGCACGCACCCCUGAGGAGCCCCCUUGUUGAGGAUCAGCGUGGCAGAUGUGUUGUUACCUACCAUUACCACCUGGGGGUGGCCCGUCAAGAAGUUGAUUAAACAGCAUGAUCAUUACACAGGUGCACCUUGUGCUGGGGACAAAAUUCCAGAAAAUCUCAUUUUUAAGUAAUUAAUUUGCAUUUUAUUGCAUGACAUAAGUAUUUGAUCACCUACCAACCAAUAAGAAUUCCGGCUCUCACAGACCUGUUAGUUUUUCUUUAAGAAGCCCUCCUGUUCUCCACUCAUUACCUGUAUUAACUGCACCUGUUUGAACUCGUUACCUGUAUAAAAGACACCUGUCCACACACUCAAUCAAACAGACUCCAACCUCUCCACAAUGGCCAAGACCAGAGAGCUGUGUAAGGACAUCAGGGAUACAAUUGUAGACCUGCACAAGGCUGGGAUGGGCUACAGGACAAUAGGCAAGCAGCUUGGUGAGAAGGCAACAACUGUUGGCGCAAUUAUUAGAAAAUGGAAGAAGUUCAAGAUGACGGUCAAUCACUCUCGGUCUGGGGCUCCAUGCAAGAUCUCACCUCGUGGGGCAUCAAUGAUCAUGAGGAAGGUGAGGGAUCAGCCCAGAACUACACGGCAGGACCUGGUCAAUGACCUGAAGAGAGCUGGGACCACAGUCUCAAAGAAAACCAUUAGUAACACACUACGCCGUCAUGGAUUAAAAUCCUGCAGCGCACGCAAGGUCCCCCUGCUCAAGCCAGCGCAUGUCCAGGCCCGUCUGAAGUUUGCCAAUGACCAUCUGGAUGAUCCAGAGGAGGAAUGGGAGAAGGUCAUGUGGUCUGAUGAGACAAAAAUAUAGCUUUUUGGUCUAAACUCCACUCGCCGUGUUUGGAGGAAGAAGAAGGAUGAGUACCACCCCAAGAACACCAUCCCAACCGUGAAGCAUGGAGGUGGAAACAUCGUUCUUUGGGGAUGCUUUUCUGCAAAGGGGACAGGACGACUGCACUGUAUUGAGGGGAGGAUGAAUGGGGCCAUGUAUCGUGAGAUCUUGGCCAACAUCCUCCUUCCCUCAGUAAAAGCAUUGAAGAUGGGUCGUGGCUGGGUCUUCCAGCAUGACAAUGACUCGAAACACACAGCCAGGGCAACUAAGGAGUGGCUCCGUAAGAAGCAUUUCAAGGUCCUGGAGUGGCCUAGCCAGUCUCCAGACCUGAACCCAAUAGAAAAUCUUUGGAGGGAGCUGAAAGUCUGUAUUGCCCAGUGACAGCCCCGAAACCUGAAGGAUCUGGAGAAGGUCUGUAUGGAGGAGUGGGCCAAAAUCCCUGCUGCAGUGUGUGCAAACCUGGUCAAGACCUACAGGAAACAUAUGAUCUCUGUAAUUGCAAACAAAGGUUUCUGUACCAAAUAUUAAGUUCUGCUUUUCUGAUGUCAUGCAAUAAAAUGCAAAUUAAUUACUUAAAUCAUACAAUGUGAUUUUCUGGAUUUUUGUUUUAGAUUCCGUCUCUCACAGUUGAUGUGUACCUAUGAUAAAAAUUACAGACCUCUACACGCUUUGCAAGUAGGAAAACCUGCAAAAUCGGCAGUGUAUCAAAUACUUGUUCUCCCCACUGUACAUGGCGGAGACUCAAUCAAGCUAGUCGUCUUGACUUCUUUCUUAUCUCAUUCUCGUUGGCACCAAAAGUUUAAAAAGUGUUGAUAGGGGACAGAAUGCGGUCGGACCAUCAUAUAAUUGGCAUAUACAUUACUCUUACUGAAUUUCCACGUGGGCGAAGAUAUUGGAAAUUUAAUCAAAGCCUAUUAGAUGAUAAUUUAUUUUUAACUAGAACAAAGGAAUUUAUAACUAUAACUGACUUUUUCCGACAUAACAUAGGUACAGCAAAUCCCCUUAUUGUAUGGGACACCUUUAAAUGUGCCUUUAGAGGCCAUGCAAUUCAGUACUCAUCUCGAAAACAAAAGCAAUUUAGGUCAAAAGAGUUUAUACUAACAAAGGAAAUAGAAAGUCUAACAGAAUAGAUAGAUGGCAAUAAAAACUGUAACAUAAAGGCUCAGAAUAAAUUAGAGGAAAAACAAAAAGAAAUGGAGAAACCUAUUCAAGAAAGAUCAAGUGUAAUAUAUUAUAAAAAUAAAGCAAACUGGAUGGAAUAUGGGGGAAAAUGCACCAAAUUCUUUUUUAAUCUUCAACAUAGGAAUGCUACCAAAAAUAAUUUAAUGAAAUUGGUUACAAUUGACGGAGUAACACAUGAUUCACCAAAUGAUAUUUUGAAGGAGGAAACAAGGUACUUUAAGCAUAUGUUUUCAUUUCAGUCGCCUCCAUCUCCUCUAACUGAAGCUAAUUGUAGAGAUUUUUUUCUAUUGAUAAUGUAAAAUGAACAAAGACUCAUGUGAAGGUGAAAUUACAGAGGUGUAAUUUCUGGAUGCAAUUAAAGACUUUAAGUCUGGGAAAACUCCAGGGUUGGAUGGCAUACCAGUCGAAGUAUACCAAACCUUUUUUGAUAUACUAAGAGGACCGCUAUUAGCAUGUUUUAACCACUCCUAUGUAAAUGGUAGAUUAUCUGACACUCAAGAAGAAGGUCUGAUCUCAUUAUUACUGAAACAGGAUACAAGUGGAAAAUAUAAAGAUCCAGUCCAUAAAAAAAAAUUGGAGGCCCCUUACACUUCAGUGUUGUGAUGCAAAAAUUCUAGCAAAAUGUAUAGCGCAUAGAAUUAAAAAGGUAUUGUCGGAUAUUAUUCAUUCUAAUCAGACAGGUUUUUUACAAGGAAGAUACAUUGGAGAUAAUAUAAGGCAAGUAUUGGAAACAAUAGAACAUUAUGGAAAAUCGGAGAAACCAGGCCUGCUAUUCAUAGCAGACUUCGAAAAGGCAUUUGAUAAAGUACGACUGGGGUUUAUAUAUACAGUGGGGGAAAAAGGAUUUAGUCAGCCACCAAUUGUGCAAGUUCUCCCACUUAAAAAGAUGAGAGAGGCCUGUAAUUUUCAUGAUAGGUACACGUCAACUAUGACAGACAAAAUGAGAAACAAAAUUCCAGAAAAUCACAUUGUAGGAUUUUUAUGAAUUUAUUUGCAAAUUAUGGUGGAAAAUAAGUAUUUGGUCAAUAACAAAAGUUUCUCAAUACUUUGUUAUAUACCCUUUGUUGGCAAUGACACAGGUCAAACGUUUUCUGUAAGUCUUCACAAGGUUUUCACACACUGUUGCUGGUAUUUUGGCCCAUUCCUCCAUGCAGAUCUCCUCUAGAGCAGUGAUGUUUUGGGGCUGUCGCUGGGCAACACGGACUUUCAACUCCCUCCAAAGAUUUUCUAUGGGGUUGAGAUCUGGAGACUGGCUAGGCCACUCCAGGACCUUGAAAUGCUUCUUACGAAGCCACUCCUUCGUUGCCCGGGCGGUGUGUUUGGGAUCAUUGUCAUGCUGAAAGACUCAGCCACGUUUCAUCUUCAAUGCCCUUGCUGAUGGAAGGAGGUUUUCACUCAAAAUCUCACGAUACAUGGCCCCAUUCAUUCUUUCCUUUACACGGAUCAGUCGUCCUGGUCCCUUUGCAGAAAAACAGCCCCAAAGCAUGAUGUUUCCACCCCCAUGCUUCACAGUAGGUAUGGUGUUCUUUGGAUGCAACUCAGCAUUCUUUGUCUCCAAACACGACGAGUUGAGUUUUUACCAAAAAGUUAUAUUUUGGUUUCAUCUGACCAUAUGACAUUCUCCCAAUCCUCUUCUGGAUCAUCCAAAUGCACUCUAGCAAACUUCAGACGGGCCUGGACAUGUACUGGCUUAAGCAGGGGGACACAUCUGGCACUGCAGGAUUUGAGUCCCUGGCGGCGUAGUGUGUUACUGAUGGUAGGCUUUGUUACUUUGGUCCCAGCUCUCUGCAGGUCAUUCACUAGGUCCCCCCGUGUGGUUCUGGGAUUUUUGCUCACCGUUCUUGUGAUCAUUUUGACCCCACGGGGUGAGAUCUUGCGUGGAGUCCCAGAUCGAGGGAGAUUAUCAGUGGUCUUGUAUGUCUUCCAUUUCCUAAUAAUUGCUCCCACAGUUGAUUUCUUCAAACCAAGCUGCUUACCUAUUGCAGAUUCAGUCUUCCCAGCCUGGUGCAGGUCUACAAUUUAGUUUCUGGUAUCCUUUGACAGCUCUUUGGUCUUGGCCAUAGUGGAGUUUGGAGUGUGACUGUUUGAGGUUGUGGACAGGUGUCUUUUAUACUGAUAAUAAGUUCAAACAGGUGCCAUUAAUACAGGUAACGAGUGGAGGACAGAGGAGCCUCUUAAAGAAGAAGUUACAGGUCUGUGAGAGCCAGAAAUCUUGCUUGUUUGUAGGUGACCAAAUACUUAUUUUCCAUCAUAAUUUGCAAAUAAAUUCAUUAAAAAUCCUACAAUGUGAUUUUCUGGAUUUUUUUUCUCAAUUUGUCUGUCAUAGUUGACGUGUACCUAUGAUGAAAAUUACAGGCCUCUCUCAUCUUUUUAAGUGGGAGAACUUGCACAAUCGGUGGCUGACUAAAUACUUUUUUCCCCACUGUAUAUGUAUAUGUGUGUGUGUGUGUGUGUGUGUAUAUACACUGCUCAAAAAAAUAAAGGGAACACUUAAACAACACAAUGUAACUCCAAGUCAAUCACACUUCUGUGAAACUGUCCACUUAGGAAGCAACACUGAUUGACAAUACAUUUCACAUGCUGUUGUGCAAAUGGAAUAGACAACAGGUGGAAAUUAUAGGCAAUUAGCAAGACACCCCCAAUAAAGGACUGGUUUUGCAGUUGGUGACCACAGACCACUUCUCAGUUCCUAUGCUUCCUGGCUGAUGUUUUGGUCACUUUUGAAUGCUGGCGGUGCUUUCACUCUAGUGGUAGCAUGAGACUGAGUCUACAACCCACACAAGUGGCUCAGGUAGUGCAGCUCAUCCAGGAUGGCACAUCAAUGCGAGCUGUGGGAAGAAGGUUUGCUGUGUCUGUCAGCGUAGUGUCCAGAGCAUGGAGACGCUACCAGGAGACAGGCCAGUACAUCAGGAGACGUGGAGGAGGCCGUAGGAGGGCAACAACCCAGCAGCAAAACUGCUACCUCCGCCUUUGUGCAAGGAGGAGCAGGAGGAGCACUGCCAGAGCCCUGCAAAAUGACCUCCAGCAGGCCACAAAUGUGCAUGUGUCUGCUCAAACGGUCAGAAACAGACUCCAUGAGGGUGGUAUGAGGGCCCGACGUCCACAGGUGGGGGUUGUGCUUACAGCCCAACACCGUGCAGGACGUUUGGCAUUUGCCAGAGAACACCAAGAUUGGCAAAUUCGCCACUGGCGCCCUGUGCUCUUCACAGAUGAAAGCAGGUUCACAGUGAGCACGUGACAGACGUGACAGAGUCUGGAGACGCCGUGGAGAACGUUCUGCUGCCUGCAACAUCCUCCAGCAUGACCGGUUUGGCGGUGGGUCAGUCAUGGUGUGGGGUGGCAUUUCUUUGGCGGGCCGCACAGCCCUCCAUGUGCUCGCCAGAGGUAGCCUGACUGCCAUUAGGUACCGAGAUGAGAUCCUCAGACCCCUUGUGAGACCAUAUGCUGGUGCGGUUGGCCCUGGGUUCCUCCUAAUGCAAGACAAUGCUAGACCUCAUGUGGCUGGAGUGUCAGCAGUUCCUGCAAGAGGAAGGUAUUGAUGCUAUGGACUGGCCCGCCCGUUCCCCAGACCCGAAUCCAAUUGAGCACAUCUGGGACAUCAUGUCUCGCUCCAUCCACCAACGCCACGUUGCACCACAGACUGUCCAGGAGUUGGCGGAUGCUUUAGUCCAGGUCUGUGAGGAGAUCCCUCAGGAGACCAUCCGCCACCUCAUCAGGAGCAUGCCCAGGCGUUGUAGGGAGGUCAUACAGGCACGUGGAGGCCACACACACUACUGAGCCUUAUUUUGACUUGUUUUAAGGACAUUACAUCAAAGUUGGAUCAGCCUGUAGUGUGGUUUUCCACUUUAAUUUUGAGGGUGACUCCAAAUCCAGACCUCCAUGGGUUGAUACAUUUGAUUUCCAAUGAUAAUUUUUGUGUGAUUUUGUUGUCAGCACAUUCAACUAUGUAAAGAAAAAAGUAUUUAAUAAGAUUAUUUCAUUCAUUCAGAUCUAGGAUGUGUUAUUUUAGUGUUCCCUUUAUUUUUUUGAGCAGUGUGUAUGUAUGUAUGUAUGUAUAUAUGUGUGUAUAUAUAUAUAUAUAUAUAUAUAUAUAUAUAUAUAUAUAUAUAUAUAUAUAUAUAUAUGUAUAUGUAUAUAUGUAUGUGUAAAAACAUGGGGGAUUGGAAGUGAUGCAGACAAUUACAAUCUAUCUGCAAUAUUAAGCUGAUCUACCCCCCCAAAAAAUAGACUGCAUCAUAGACAGAGCUUUGGAUGCAAGGACUGACCAUCCAAUAUAUCAAAAUUAUAGUUUCAAGCAUGUUUUGAGGCAAUACAGUUUGUAAACAUUGUAAAUGUAAACAAACAUUAGUGUAAAACAAGCUUAUAUUUUGGUUUCUGAAGGGGUUUGACAGUUGAACUAAGUUCAUCAGGCAUUUAUAAGUGAUAUUCUUCAAGAAUCAGUAUCUAUAUAUCAUUAAUUUAAGUCCAAAAAGGGAUGUACGAAUUGCAGAUUGCCCCUUUAAACAGAUAGUCAAAUAUCUGCUUCUCUUUAUUUUUGUAUUCUUUUUUUCAACAGUACCCAUGUUAUACAUGAUAAUGAUUAUGCCAAAACAAUCUUCUUUCUCUCUUGUAUAUAGUUCUCGACGGUAGCUGUGACUGCUGGGGUGGUAUUGCUGUCCACUGUGGGCAUAAUUGUAGCCCUCUACUUAGGCAAGAAGAAGAAGCCUCCAGUCACCUUGCUUGACGCUACCCAAAAAUACCAGCUAACGCUCAUUGAUAAAGAGGUACAUGUGUGCUAUUGAAAUCAAUUAGACAUUUUUGGUAUGUGCUUCAGAGGCCUGUGCUUAAUACAUGUGUAUAUACUCCAUGGAAAUCAUUUUUGUGUAACAUUUAAUCAAAUGUUGGUAGUAGAUGUCUUUGCAUUGAAUUGACACAUUAUUUUACAAAACCAAUGUAUGUAUGGUUCGAUAUGUCUUUGGCCUCUUUCCAUAGGUGAUCAGCCAUGAUACUCGCAGGUUCCGCUUUCGACUUCCCUCAGCAGAACAUAUCCUGGGUCUGCCUGUAGGUAAGUCUUCGCUUGCACAUUGUUCUUUUUGGGUUUUGUCAAGUGACAGUGUUUGAUAAUUGAUUAUUAUUUGAGACAGUGCCAUGCCAUUUAUAUAAAUACAUUUUAGUAAUUUAGCAGAUGCUCUUAUCAAGAGCGACUUACAGGAGCAAUUAGGGUUAUGUGCCUUGCUCAAGGGCACAUCUACCUGUUUAUCACCUAAUCGGCAUGGGGAUUCGAACCAGCAACCUUUUGCUUAGUGGCCCGACGCUCAAAUAGUCCUUUAGCUCACCAGCAUUAUAACUACACUCAUAAUGUAAUACUUGAUGGCGUUGUAUUGCACUGAUGGAAACUAGAAAGCUUAGCUUCCCAUUCCUGGAAUGCCCUCUACUGUAUGAGUCAUUUAGCAGAACAAUCAGUGGAUGAAGCCACACAAAAUGACCCUAUCAGUAUUUUCAAUCAGUGUUGUCUUUGUGUUUCUAACCACCUUAUUUGUUUCCUCCAGGGAAGCAUGUAUACCUCUCUGCCCGUAUUGACGGCAGCCUGGUAGUCAGACCGUACACACCUGUGUCCAGCGACGACGACAAAGGUUAUGUUGACUUGGUUGUGAAAGUAUGUAUGGCUUGUCAAAGCAAUCCUAUAUCAUAUACUGAAACUGAACACACUAGUACUACCAUAUGUAUCAAGCAUGUCAUAGUAGGAGUGAUGAUCUACAAACAGGUCCAGCAUGUCAUCUUAUUCUUUGGGAUCUAAAAGGGGAAAAAAUAUCUGAAAUAAGCACUGCUACUGUGAGACGCUUGAUACAUACAGACCCUGAUCUGCAAACCAUAUUUCAUGUAGAAAAUUCCUCCCCAGAUCUACUUCAGGAAUGUGCACUUUAAGUUUCCUGACGGAGGCAAGAUGUCCCAGUACCUGGAGAGUCUGCACCUGGGAGACGUGGUGAACUUCAGAGGACCAGGAGGACUGCUGGAGUACAAAGGGCAUGGUACGACCAGUCCGCUGCCUGGCACACCCUCCUUCUGAUAUUUACAAAUGAUGCAUCCCAAAUGGUAACCUAUACCCUAUGUACACUGAGUGUACUUAACAUUAAGGACACCUGCUCUUUCCAUGACAGACUGACCAGGUGACAGCUAUGAUCCCUUAUUUAUGUCACUAAAAUCAGUGUAGAUGAAGGGGAGGAGACAGGUUAAAGAAGGAUUUUUAAGCAUUGAGACAAUUGAGACAUGGAUUAUGAAUGUGUGCCAUUCAGAGGGUGAAUGGGCAAGACAGAAGAUUGAAGUGCCUUUGAACAUGGUAUGGUAGUAGGUGCCAGGCGCACCGGUUUGUGUUAAGAACUGCAACGCUGCUGGGUUUUUCACGCUCAACAGCUUCCCGUAUCAAGAAUGGUCCACCUCCCAAAGGACAUCCAGCCAACUUGACACAACUGUGGGAAGCAUUGGAGUCAACAUGGGCUAGCAUCCCUGUGGAAUGCUUUCGACACCUUGUAGAGUCCAAGCCCUGAUGAAUUGAAACUGUUCUGAGGGCAAAAGGGGCCGGUACAACUCAAUAUUAGGAAGGUGUCCUUAAUGUUUUGUCCACUGUGUAGUGCAUAGUGAUGGGGGGGGAUCAAUACAGUUACAUAUCGCAAUAUUAUUUUUGGACUAUAUAAUAUUGCUAUUUGACUCCCAAGUAUCAAUUUGUAAAAUGAAAGUUAAACAAAAAAAAAUAGUUUAAAAAAAGGUGCUAAUGUAGAUGCCGUUAGCUAGCGCUAGUCGGCUGUACCUGCGCCAAAACUCCAGUAUUUUUCAGCACUUUAAUUUCCUUCACUGAUCAAAACUCAUUUUCUCAUGCUCUCUCUUGUCUCUUUGCAGCAAACGUAUAGUGAGCAAUAUGUUUGGAACAUCAAAUUGCAAUAAAAUUGCAGUAUCGAAUCGCAAUACAAAUAGAAUCAUGAGAAUCGCUGUACAUAUCUUAUCGACACAUACGUUUCGUGAGCUCCCUGGCAAUUCCCAGCCCUAAUAUUAGUGCACUAUUUUUUGACCAGGGCCCGUAAGGCUCUGGUCAAAUGUAGUGCACUAUUUAGCAAAUCUGGUGCCAUUUGGGACGCACACAGUCUCUAAUGGAAUGGGGGUUUUAGCUUUGUGUACUUGGGUGUGGCUGGCUGAGAGUGAUUGUGUGUACACACUUCUUUUCAACCUUAAGUCUACUGAAUAAGUCAACAGUAAAUGUACAAUAUCUCUGAGCAAUUUGCUGGCUUGCUGCAUCGCAUUUUGAAACUUUCAUGCCCCAAAGGCUCCAGAAAAGCGCUGCCUAAAGGAUAUACAUUUACUGUAUUGUCACUUAAAAUGUAUACUAAUACUCCCAGUAUUAUUUGAUUGUAUGUUCCACAACCUAGGAUGAUGGACACACCCAACAACUGUCUUCCAUUUGGGACCAGAUAACUCUUGUUCAUUUGCUCCCCAAGCACACUGGAAAAGGGAAAUAAUCUCUGGAUUGUGUUGGCUUAAUUUUUGUGUCUCAUCACUUUCUCCCAUUCCAUUCAACAGGGCAGUUUGCAGUUCAGACAGACAAGAAGUAUCCUGCGGAGAUAAAAGUUGCCAGUACUCUUGGUCUUAUAGCUGGAGGAACAGGUGAUUUUUUUAUUUUUUUCCCUUCGCAACCUAGCACUCUGAACCUAAACACUUAAAUGUUGUCUUGUUGUAGCCAGGGGGUAAAUGUAGAGUGAGCGCUUUUAGUUCCUGGUGCUGAACUCCCUUCCCUGUCUGUAGGCAUCACCCCUAUGCUACAGCUGGUGCGCGCUAUCAUGAAGGACCCCAGUGACAGGACCACCUGCAGCCUGCUGUAUGCCAACCAGGUGUGUGGCCGCUGCCCACACUGGCCUCUCUCCUAAAAGAGACUUUUAAUAUCAAUGGGCUCAUCUCUAUAAAUAAAGGAUAGAUACUGUAAAUGCUUGUACUAGCUUCACUGUGGAUGUAGUUCAUAGGUUUGCUUAGGUUGAGAGUUAACACUGAACUGUGUGUGUGUGGUGUGUUCAUGGCAGACUGAGAAGGACAUCCUGCUGAGGGAUGAGCUGGAGGAGGUCCAGGCCAGACACCCAGACCGCUUCAAGCUGUGGUUUACAGUGGACAGGGCACCCGAGGGUAUGUGCCUUACGGCUUUUGCUUGCAUUGCUCAAGUGUUGACAUCAAGAUUUCAGAAGUCUUAACAAAAUGUGUACAUUUUAUUAUCUUUUGAAUUUGUUUUAAUUGUGUAUAUUAUGGCACAAUCAUUAUGCAUAACGGUACUUGUUUGCGACCCCAUGAAAGAUUGAAUUAUGAUUCAUUUGUGUCGCUCAGGCUGGGAGUACAGUGAGGGCUUCAUCAAUGCGGACAUGAUCCAGGAGCAUCUGCCCACCCUCAGUGAGGACACCAUGGUGCUCAUGUGCGGUCCGCCCCCCAUGAUCCAGUUUGCCUGCAACCCCAACCUGGACAAGUUGGGCUACCGGCAGAGUCAGCGCUUCAGCUACUAG